UGUAGUAAGAAUUUUAAUUGGGUGGGAUGGACUUGGUUUAGUGUCUUAUUGCUUAGUUAUAUAUUAUCAAAAUUUUUCAUCUUAUAAUUCUGCUAUAGUAACAGUUUUAUGUAAUCGAUUAGGGGAUGUAGGGAUUUUGAUAUCAAUUAGAUUAAUGAUAAUAAUGGGUAGAUGAAGAUUAGAAAUUUUAGAUAGAAAUAAAAUAGUUAUAGUAAUAUUAUUAUUAGCUUCAAUUACUAAGAGAGCUCAAAUCCCAUUUUCUGUGUGGUUACCUUUAGCUAUGGCAGCCCCUACUCCUGUUUCUGCUUUAGUUCAUUCUUCAACAUUAGUUACAGCGGGGGUAUAUUUAAUUAUUCGAUUUUUUAAUAUUUUUAGGGAUAGGGUAGGAGGGAAUAGUGUAUUAUUUAAUAUUGCUAUUUUUACAAUAUUUAUAGCUGGUAUAGCGGCUAAUUUUGAGUAUGAUUUUAAGAAAAUUAUUGCUUUAUCUACACUGAGGCAGUUAGGAUUUAUAAUAAUAAUUUUAAGGUCGGGGUUCAAGUUAAUUGCUAUAUAUCAUUUAUUAAUUCAUGCUAUUUUUAAGUCAUUAUUAUUUAUAAGUGCCGGAGUAAUUAUUCAUAGUAUAAAAAAUAUUCAAGAUAUUCGAUUAUUAGGAAAUUUGAAUGAAAUUAUGCCUUUUACAAUGAUAAGAUUUAUAAUUUCUUCAAUUGCUUUGACAGGCACACCUUUUAUAUCAGGAUUUUAUAGAAAAGAUUUAAUUAUGGAAUUAGUUUAUUCAAAGAAUGAGGUAAAUAUUUAUAUAGAAAUAUUAGUAAUUAUAUCUUUAUUUUUAACUGUAUUGUAUUCAGUUCGAUUGUUAUAUUAUUUAAUAUAUAUAUUUUUUUUUGAUUUUUAUAUAGUUUAUUUAUCUAUAAAAGUUAAAUUAAUUACUUUGGGUAUAUAUUUAUUGGGGGGAAUUGUGGGAAUUAUUAUAGUGAUUAAUAUUAAAAAAUAUUUAAAAUUAUAUUAUUUAGGGUAUUUUGUGAGAUCUAUAUGAUUUUUAAGUAUAUUAUAUACAUGAAUUUAUCAUCCUUUUAACAAAUUAAGAAGAGAGAUUGAUAAGGUAGAUAAGAGUUGAAUU